ACGGGUGCGCAAAGCGCCGCCAGGAGUUGGUGGGCUCUCUGAAGAAGUUCCUGGAUUUCAAGUUAAAAAUCUGCAUUCUAAUCUGAACCGUGUGGAGAAAGGGUGGGUGCUAUUCUUACUUGGAGGACAGGAUGUUUUUCAAACUAGUACAUUUGCAGACCAUUGCCGUGCUUCGUCGUGGAAUUCACUCUUCAGUGGCUUCUGCUACAUCUGUUGCAACUAAAAAAACAGUCCAAGGCCCUCCAUCCUCUGAUUACAUUUUUGAACGAGAAUCUAAAUAUGGUGCACACAACUACCAUCCUUUGCCUGUAGCCCUGGAGAGAGGAAAAGGUAUUUACUUAUGGGAUGUAGAAGGCAGAAAAUAUUUUGACUUCCUGAGUGCUUACAGUGCUGUCAACCAAGGGCAUUGUCAUCCAAAGAUUGUAGCUGCUCUGAGAAGUCAAGCAGACAAAUUGACCUUAACAUCUAGGGCCUUCUAUAACAACGUACUUGGUGAAUAUGAAGAGUAUGUUACCAAACUGUUCAACUACCAUAAAGUCCUUCCGAUGAAUACAGGAGUGGAAGCUGGAGAGACUGCUUGCAAACUUGCUCGCAGGUGGGGAUAUGCUGUUAAGGGGAUUCCGAAAUACAAAGCAAAGAUUAUUUUUGCAGCUGGAAACUUCUGGGGUAGAACAUUGUCUGCUAUCUCUAGUUCCACAGACCCAAGCAGUUAUGAUGGUUUUGGACCAUUUAUGCCAGGUUUUGAAGUCAUUCCAUAUAACGACCUGCCUGCUCUUGAGCGUGCUCUUCAGGAUCCAAAUGUUGCUGCAUUCAUGGUAGAGCCAAUUCAGGGUGAAGCAGGUGUUGUUGUUCCUGAUCCAGGCUACCUGAUGGGUGUGCGAGAGCUCUGUACCCGGCACCAGGUUCUGUUUAUUGCUGAUGAAAUACAGACAGGAUUGGCCAGAACUGGUAGAUGGCUGGCUGCUGAUCAUGAAGAUGUCAGACCUGAUAUAGUUCUUCUUGGAAAGGCACUUUCUGGUGGCUUAUACCCUGUGUCUGCAGUGCUGUGUGAUGAUGAUGUAAUGCUGACCAUUAAACCAGGGGAGCAUGGGUCCACCUACGGUGGCAAUCCGCUAGGCUGCCGAGUGGCCAUUGCAGCCCUUGAGGUUUUGGAAGAAGAAAACCUUGCUGAAAAUGCAGACAAAAUGGGUACUGUGUUGAGAAAUGAACUCAUGAAGUUACCUUCUGAUAUCGUAACUGCUGUAAGAGGAAAAGGAUUAUUAAAUGCUAUUGUAAUUAGAGAAACCAAAGAUUAUGAUGCUUGGAAGGUGUGCCUGCGACUUCGAGAUAACGGACUUCUGGCCAAGCCAACCCAUGGUGACAUCAUCAGGUUUGCCCCUCCUCUUGUGAUCAAGGAGGAUGAGAUUCAGGAGUCCGUGGAAAUUAUUAACAAGACCAUCCUGUCUUUCUGAGGGCGGUGACUGUUUUCAGUGGCACCUGGGAGCUGGCCAGAGAUGGCAGUUCGUUGAUGUCCUAUGAACCGUCUGUGUCUGUGCUUAACGUGGGUGCACUUCACUCCCCUGUGUCUUCAAGGACUUUUUUAAAAAAAGAUUUUUUUUUUCAGUGCAUACAUAACAAUGACAUUUAUAAACAAAACAUGUGUUUUGUUGUGUAAUAUAACUAGGAGAAUGUAAUGGCAUCUAUACUUGAUUAUUUGUGCUCAUGUGCUUUCUCAGAUGAAAGGCACCUCUGUAUGUACUCAAGCCCUUCAGGAUAAUUUAUAUGUGUUCUAUAAUAUCCUUGCUGGUAUAAAUGUUUUGCAUUUGAAAAAGUUAUAUGGGUUAUUACAUAUAUGACUUGCUUAACCUAGUAAAGUUGAGCCAUAAUCAUUGAAUUUUAGGAAGGAUUAAUGGUUAAGCUUAUAUAAAAUACUAGACUUAAGUAAAACUUCAUAGUCCCAGCGUCAGGAUGUAUUACCAUUUUGAAUUGAGAAUUAAUGUUUAACAUUCCCAAAUUAUGUUAUAAGUGUUUGAUGUAAUUUGUAAAAAAAAAAAUUUAUUUUGUUUUUCUUUACAUUUAAAAUAAAGCUUAUAUUUAAAAUGUGUAUUUUAUUGUCAGUCUGCUAUUACUGCAGUAUUUUUUUUGAAAUUAAAGCAUUGUUUGUUAUCUUAUGUUGGUUUCAAAUACAAAACACAGUGGUUCAACAGUUAUGCAUAUUAUUAAAUUCCCCUCUAGUGUGGUUACUGUCUCUUAAUGUAGUAAGAUGUCACAGAAUCAAUUAUAUUUUCCAUGCUGUACUACUGUCCCUGUCACCAACUUAUAUUGUGAUUGUGAAUUAUUAUGCCCCUUUAUCCCUGUCAACCACCCCCUACCCCUGCCUGGCCAACCCCUCCCCCUUGGUAACUACUAGUCCCUUCUUGGUGUCUGAGUCUACUGCUAUUUUGUUCCUUCUGUUUUGCCUUGUUUUUAUACUCCACAGUAAGUGAAAUCAUAUGGUACUUGUCUUUGUCCACCUGGCUUAUUUCACUGAGCAUAAUACCAUCUAUCUAUAUACAUCCAUGUUGUUGGAAAUGGAUUUCUUUUUUAUGGCUGAAUAAUAUUCCAUUGUGUAUGUAUAUGUACCACAUCUUUAUCCAUUCACCUACUGAUGGACACUUAGGUUGCUUCUGUAUCUCGGCUAUUGCGAAUAGUGCUGCAACAAACGGGUGCAUAGAAUUUCUUUAAAUCAGGGAUUUUGUUUUCUUUGGGUAAAUUCCUAGGAGUGGAAUUACUGCGUCAAAUGGUGUUUCUAUGUUUAGUUUUUUGAGGAACCUCCAUAUUGCUUUUCACAACAGUUACUGCAGUAUUAUUGAUUUACAUUGCUUUAUUUUCAUGUGCUUUCAAGAGCAUUCCAGCUUCUUUGGUAAUUUCUAGAAAAAUAGAAAGUAUAAAAAGGAAGUUUCAUAAUACUCCCUUCUCCCUGUUCAAAAUAAUUGCAUUUUCUCCAUGUGUAUACUGGUGUUUACCAUUUUUAUUAAAAUAUCCUUAUUAUUCAUA